AUGUUUGACAAACUCGACAUCUCGGUCAUGCAAAUUAGUCGCUCGGUCAUUGCAAGCCCUGGCCUUCCUACGCUACAUCGCGUUCCGGUUACGAGCCAAGCUCAUGUUCGAGUACGUCAAAUGCAUUUACCAUGCUGCAGCUCUCGUUGUAGCUGUGCUCGCUUCGAUGCGGCGACUUACGCUCUUGUCGCAAUGGACACAAAAACGUCGCUGGGGCAAGCAGUGACACAGACGCAGAGCACCAGGCACGGUUCCUGUGAUUAA